CCGCUUCAAUCAUGUCGAACCAAAACCGCGACACCGCAUCCAAGUUGCCAGCAUGGGAGCGGGAAAAGCUGGUUCGACUCGAAAGCAAGCUACGUCGCGAAAAAUUCGCAACUAACCAAGUUCCCGACCGAGGCGACAGUGGACGGAGGCGACUGCCUUCAGACAAGUCCACGGUGCAGAAGAAACGGAGUGCCGUGGAUGUAAAGCUAUCCGACGACAACCCAGAAACCACGGGGCCUGUGAAAAGGUCUGCAGAUGACGAUGCGACCGACCAUCAGAAUUCAAUGAUUCACAAGAGGGCGCCCGUGACCACUGUGGCAAUGAAGCCCCCCAUGGUGCACAAGUUGGCCCCACCGACGUUGACCUCGUUCGCGGCGCGGACAAUUCAUCCGCCACAGUUGGACGACGAUGCAUCCAGUGAUACGAAUUCCGAUGAAGACGAGAAGCUCCUUGAUAGUUUGGAGUUCUCCAUCGCCAUGUCGCCAAAGAAAGCCAACAAGGCAGCGCCACGCCAAUGGAUGCCACAAUCAGCCCCACAAGAAACAAAGCCAUGCAACAACACUCCAGAGCGCCACGCGUUAUCACAACUACAAAGCCAGCCAAUGGCACUCACGAGACUGCCACAAAGUCAAGUUCAAUCGAAGACGGCAAUUCCAGAAAGCAAAUUCAACGGACAACGGGCCAGCAGCGUGAGCACAACUGGUAGACUGCCCAGCCCGGUCACCCCGGAGCUAGAACGAGAGUCCAAGCCCACUCCAUUCAACGGCGGGGAAGUCAAACCAAUUCCAACGAUCAAAGCAAAGGUGAUACCACCACCAACGAAAGAAACACGACCGAUCGAUACGCAUGAUCCCCCGCCUCCCCGAGCUGGAGUUCCCAGUGAAGCCAAACCCAAAGAAGCAUCCUCUACAAUCCCCCAAACUUCCAAAGCAACGUCAAAAUCCGCCGCCGUUCGAGAUGCCACAUGGGACAUUUUCGACCUGUCUAAGGCAGUUGCUGUUCCCCGGCACGCGACAGCCGAGCCAAAACCGAGAUCGGAUGUCGUGCAAGCAAGAGGACGCCCGAAUGCCUUGACGUUGUCGAUGGAGGAAGAACACCUGCAGCGCGAAAUUUCGUCGUUGAAUUCAAAGCUGGAAAAGGUUCGAGUGUCAACCGAUUCUCACGACGAAGGCGACGAUACGAAGAACGAACCCGACAGUAGAAAUGACGACGACAGUGUUGAAACGCUACAGGCGUAUGGAGGGGGUGCGCACUACAAAGCAGGCACGCGCACGGCCCCCGUCGACCGCUGCUCGAUGGAGAAGCGCAUGCAAAUGAGCGGAGUCCAUCAGACUCGCGUGCGCAAGGGCGUGCAAGUGCACGUGCAAGACGACAGCAAGGCCGACGGCAAGAAACCAGACAAAGUUGUGGUCAAGAAAGACUUGGCGUUGAAAAUGUUGUUGUCGUAGCCGGUUCAGAGUGUCCAGCUUAUUCCUACUUCUAACAACCUCAAUGGAAGUUUGAACGAUACGUGAGCAUUCCAGACAUUUCAAUUGCGAGUACAUUUUUCCUAGCAGAAUCCCAAGGUCGGGUUUUCCAGUGUUAGUAGGACUUGGUUGGGUGGGCCGACUGGGGGCGACGUCUUGCGUACAGUUUGGUUUGAGCCAUUGAAUUGACUGGUCGCGGUUGAGUUGUCUGCUUCGGUUUGCUACUGCGGGGCCGUUGGAGGGGCUUCAACGGCGACAGAUCUUUGGCUUUUUGAGGACCGGCGCCCACACUUACACCGCAAGGAAUGUAAAUGCGUGGCCCUUGGUCAUCGACUACAGUCGUCGUGGUCGGCUCCACUUGGUUGGACGCUUCCGAUUCUCCCGUAGCAGGGACGACUGGUAGAUCCGGCAGGCUCUGCGACGCCUGCAUCCCCCCUCGACCCUCAACUCCCCCGCCCUUUCGAAGACGCUUGGCUGCGUCGGCUUCCAACACUCCAUUCCGCACCUGUAGCUCAUGGUUUCGCUGGGCCAUCACGUUGAGUUCUUGAAGUAGCUUGGUGUUAUCUGUCGAAAAGACCGACACGAGCUUUUGUCGCUCAUGGGUCAUUGCGUCCAGCCGCGUGCGAAGUUUGCGCUGCUGGUCCUCGACACAUUUGUUCUGCCUCGUCAGCUCCUGGAUCACCGCCUCAUCCGACGCCAUCUCCCGCCGCACCACGCGGUUGUUGUUUGUGCGGAAAUCGUACUUGUGGUACAAUUUCACAAUGUCGUCGAUACUCACGCGGGUGCCGUGCUGCUCGCGCUCGAUGAGAAUGCCCAAGUCCCGACAGCACGCCGUCGUCACCGCCUUGGCGUCCACCAGCUGCCGCUUCAACUCGGUCACCGACCGCUCAAAGAACGCCACCCUGCGCUUCAUCUGCCCGUGCGCCUCGUCCAUCUCAUUGGCAUCUUCGACCACGGCGCUGUUCUCCGCGUGCAGCUCCUCCACAAACCGGCGCAUGCCGUGGAUAUCCUGCUCCUUUGUGGCUAUGGCUGACUGCAUCGUUUUCAGCUUGCACAGCCUGGCAUUAUUCAUCUCGUCCAGCCCUUCAAUCUGCCGCGCUUGGUCGGCAACGCGAGCCUCCAAUACCGAGCACGCGGCCACCGCCUUGGCUGCGGUCUUUCGCUCCAGGGCGAUCUCGUAGUUCAAAGCGUCCACGGCCAAAUGCAACCGGUUCGCUUCCAAAGUGGCUUGUUUGACGCGGUCGUCUUUCGUCGUCAAUGCAUUCAGCAUCAUGCGCAGUUGCUGCUGCAGACUCGAAAUCUUCGCUUUGGUCUCUUCCUGCUGCGAUACUUGGGCCGCUACCAUCCAAAACUCAAUAAUGCACAUAUUCC